UCGUUAGGGCAUGGCUAUUGCUGAUCGUGGAUCGUACAGUGUUUGAACCACUCGUGGAUGGUUUCCCGCGAAUUAUUAUCGAAGCCAUCAUCUUCGAUUCGAAUGUGCGCGCCAAUAAUGUCAGUGUGUAACAAUUAAAUUGAUCGAUUGUGGACUUUUUGGGUACACGAAAUUUGUUUAAGUGCAUCGUUACAUCAUGACAGACCAGCAACCGAAGGUGGUUUUUGAGGCCACUCGAACUAAUAAUGAUAGAUUAUCGCGACCCAACUAUUACGAAUAAUCAUAGAAUGACGAUUGUAUGUGGACCCAUUUUCGCUCGCACGACUCCUAUAUGCAACAAUUGAUCGUGUACCAACUGUGACUAGGGCGGACAGUUUCCGGUCACGACGGUCCGUAAGGUAGCCUUGGAAAUGGAACCUCAUAAAAUUUGCAAUAAAAUCCAUUGGUGCUGCCUAGUGUGUAAAAGUUCUACGCCUUGAACAUGGGCAAUGUUCGGAAAUCCAAUACUGGAAGAUCUGUUUAUAUGCAAAAAAAAAUACCAAAGAACAAGUGAUUGUGGGCCUGUUGGUACAGUGAACAGAAUUCGAUUCCGGUGAUUAUCCGCGUAUUGCGAAAGCGACCGCAAACCGCAUAGUUUAGCCUUUCGCAGCCCAUUUGCAAAGAAAUAAUGAAAAGAUUGAUUAACUUCGCGAGAUAGUGUCGUGUCGAGUCGAGAGGCAUAUUUUCUCUCGCCGCCAGCGGUUUGGGCCAAGAGAUUCAACGAACCGUUCCAAAGAUCUUUCGGACAUGGUGCCAAGUGCCGUAACGCCUAAUUGAGUGGAAACUGAGGAAGAAAUUAGUGCUACAGCCAAUAUCGGUGGUUGCGGUCUUUGCAUUGAAUUGAAACGUUCUUCCACCGCGUGUGUUCGGCCAUCUGAUUGAAGCAUAAUGAGCGUUGACUGAAGCGUCGAGUCACCCUGAAAGAAACGCUAACUUAACCGAGAUCUUUGCGAGCAUGCGCUAGGUGUCACCGAUCAAUAAGUAGUUCCAUAUGGGCUUCACGUUGAGUAGACGAAGAAGACCGUGUUGUGUUAGUGUGCAGUUUGCGCUUAAUUUGUAGUGAAUUGAAACAGCAUGAAGUGAGACCAAUCCGUGAAACGAUUGGAUCGAUGUAAUUAUUAGUUUGAAACACCGGAAAAGUACCGAGUCGUUUGUCGUGGCACUUACAGCCGACCAUGGACACCGGAUGGGUGUUACUGAUAGUUGUACACUGCAGUAGACUCCUAAUUGGAUGAAACUAACCUAGCCCUACAGAAUGCUACAGAAUCGUUAAAAUCAAAGCCCCAGUUGCAGUAGACUCGAGUCACAAGUGCAACUUCCCGAUGUUUUUACUCCACUUCUGUAAUUGCUAAUACUGGUGCCCUACAAUGCAUCAUAAAAUUGUCCAAUGGCACGCGGUCUGAACCCACGCUGACCACGGAAGGUAGCCGCAGCUGUCGACACACUGCAUGGAUACGAAAGUGAAAAUGCUUGUCGAACAAAGCAGUAAUGUUGAAACUUCGUCCGGUGUUAAUUCCUAGCGGGGAAAACCCAGCAUGACGUGUACGGAAGACUGCACCUGCAGUCUUUGUCGGGAGCUUCGAGGGUACAAAUUGAAGGCGAAACCACAGACCAAAUCCGAACACCCAUUCGGGCCGAUUGACACAUCCUCGACGGCUGCAGCUCCGACUUCAGUUAGUUCCGGAAAAUAUCAGGGAUCAAAGUAUUGCAAAAACAAUAAAAAUAGUCGGAACGAUAACUUCAUUUUGAAAAAAAGAAUGUCCUCUGAUUAUAACAAGGAAGCCCGCCAUGGUGGGUCCGUGGCGCCAUCGGCGGGUACUUCAUCGACGGAAAUCAAAUUUAGCUUUCAAGAACCACCGUCAGACGCUUCACGACAGCUAAUUCGGAUGAAAAAAGCUCAAAGUUAUAGUGAAAUUCCAUGUUUCGCUAAAAUCAAUCGUAAUCGAUACAGUGGAGCUCUUUUAGAACCGAAAAUGAUUAAAAGUACCAAUAAUCUAACCGAAGAGGAUGAAUAUUUUAAUUAUCAGCCUCCACCCCCACCACCAUCAACAGCCGAUUCAACCCAAAAUGUGAAAAACAAAAUCGAAAAACAGAAAGACCACAAAGUCAUAAUAUACUUUGGGGAUAGUAUUAUGAACAAGAAGAGUGAAAACCCAAAAACAGCUCCCUCUUCGCCACCGCCACCAAAGAUUACGGAAUUAAACGUAUUCCACGCUCAACGUCUAUGCGAAGAAACUGCUGAGUUUCAGUUUCGUCGGCAAAACUCCGUUGUGUUGAAAUCAAAGCGCAAGGAUAACUCGACGGAUCGAAAUGAUCAACCGAAACCAGGUAAGGAGUUUAUGCAGCAACUGAAAUCAGUCUUGGAAGAGAAAAAUAAAAGUACCUCUGUGACAGUGGCACCGACUGCGGAUCCUUUGGGACCUGGGUGCUCGGCCACAGUAGUGAUAACACAGAAAAAAAUACCAGCUCCUUCCAUUCCUGAGAAGGCCAAAGUUGCGAUCGUAAACAAUGAUCAUUCAAAGCAAAAGCACACACAAGUGGUGGAAAUUCGACAAGUAGCUCAGGAUAAUAAGGCUCUGCCCUCUUUUGUUGAAAGUGUUGUGAAUGGCGUUAUUAAUAUAAAAAUCGAGGAAAGCUUCAAGGUGGCUUCAGAUAUUGUACAAGCUGUCUUUCAAAACGAUACGUCUGAAGAUGGAUACGGUUGUAAUGAUGAGGACAUCGGGGAUCCGUUCGAUUGGAGCUUUGUACAAAACUGGCGGGCACGACCUUCCGGAACGGUUACCAACGGACAUGUCAGCUCGCCAUCCAACAACAGUAACUCGACCAGCUCGGGUGUUAACAGUGCUGGCAGCAAUCUCCAGAAUGGAUCCAAUGGGUUAUCCCCCGGUAAUCACUAUAUUGCUUCAUCCAACCCUGUCACAUCUGGACCACGAAUUCAAAGUCCGGCAGUGGCGACCCCUGCUCCUCGAAUCUCCAAGGAGAUAGCCGUUCGUCCAAUCAAUGGCAACCAGGAUCCACGGAACUACAAUCUAUCGCCCGUUCAAAGUCUUCAACAUAAUGGCGAUACAACGGGAUCUAGCAGUGUCAGCAAUGGCAGCAGCAAUAAUUUAUCGUACAACACCUCGGCUAUGAUCCCGGAACGCGAUGUUGGUCCCAACAAAUUUGUAAACGGCAAUCUCAAACAACAGCACCACACGCCUAUGCAUGGACCACAACAGCAGGCAAACGGCCAAAUUCAACAGGGAAACCUUCAGCAGCAAGUCCCUCAACGAUCCGUUGCCGGACCCACUAAACUUACUGUCCAAAGUUCACCGGUCAAAUGUCAACCAGCAAUGAUCAGUUCGGGUUUAGAGAAAGUCAACCUAAAUGGAGUUUCAAACGGAAACAACGCUAGACGACUCAACUCGAGUGGACUGAGUGGCAGCAACGGAAACUUACUGAACUCUCCUGCAUCAUCUACCGAACCAUUGAACAGUAGCAGCAACAAUUCGAGUAAUGCAAGCAGCGUUAGCCAUUUGAAGCAACAUUUUUCCCAAAAUCAUCACGCAAUACAAUCCUACCACCACCCUCAAACACAACAGAAUUCUCUUGGAGGUCCUCCACAAAAAGGUUUGGGCAUCACUCGGACUCAUCAUCACGCAGGAACACAUGACUUCCGCGGAUUGCAAAGGGUUAAUGAAUGUCACAGUUCGUCAGAUGAAAACCGAUCCUCUGGACACGCAUCCAUGUCCGAUACUGGGCACGGAAGCAGUUCACCUGGCGGCAAUCGAAACAAUGGACCACUCGGUCCGUUACCCGAAGAUCGACUGGCAGCUGGAGUGACGAAUCGUAGUGCACGUUCGCGAGCAAGCACUAAUCAUUCACGAUCACGACACCGUGCAACACCAGCCAAAAUCCCGUGGGGUGGUGGAGGAUUGGAGGACAUUAAACUAGCCAUACAGCAACUCACAAUGCGUUCACAUACUAGUACAUCGACAUACAGCAGCCUCAGUGCGGGCUCAGAAAGCUCGGAACCAGAGCGUAGGCUAGGUCGUUACAGCUCGUUAGAGACGGUGAAUACAAAUGUAACCAGUGCAGAUGAGUUCGUGUGGGUAGAUUCUCAUAAUCGUCUAGUAGAACUUCAACAUCCUCCUUGGAGUCAGCAUUGUGUUCUGCGAGUUCUUAGGUCAGGUCGUUGCCGAGAACACUCAGAAAGAGUUUCUGUGGAGGCGGUUCCCAGAUUGGGCUACCUGCUUCAACGAGCUUUAGUACGAGUUGCACGAGAAGUACAGCGUUUGUCGGGACCGCUAGGGCUGUGUUCUAAACACGAAGUUUCCGGUGCAUUUAAGAUUGUCUUAUCUCCAGCUUUGGCUGACUCUUGUAUAAAAGCAUGUCUCCGGGCAGCCGCUAUGUUUGCGGUUCCAGGUGAUAGUGCUUUGAAGCAGAGUAAAUCGGCACGAGCAGGUCUACAACUGCCGGUGGGACGAUUCCAUCGCUGGAUGGCCGAUGCAAGAUUGGGAAGAUUUGUUCACGAAUAUGCCGCAGUUUAUCUCUGCGCUGGGUUGGAAAAUCUACUGGAGGAAAUCUUCCUUCAGUGUUUGCCUUCGGAUCCGACAGCAACGUUAACUGCAAGUGGUCUCGAACAUGCUAUAGCUGGAUCUGGUGACCUGUGGGGACUACUUCAACCAUAUGCGCAUCUAAAUGCUGGACGAGUGGCCUCCGGGGCCCUUACCAUGCCACGAUGGGCUAGUCAAACGUCGAUAAAUUCUAACACACAAAGUCCGGCACUAGAACCGUGUCUUUUAACGACUUGCGUUGGUAGCUUGAAUGAACUGAAGGAUUUAGUUACCCGAGCACAGCAGAGAAGCCAGCACAUCACUAUGUCACAAUCAGCCUUGCGUGUACUCUUUUACUUUAUGCGUUGUUCUCAACUGGAACACAACGAUAUCGGUAUAGCAACCAAUGGCGGAGGAACCAAUAUCCAAGAGUUGUGCUACGAGAGGGCGUAUGUGGUUCUUCCUCCCCUUGUAGAGUGGCUCCGUGUUUCCUCUGCUCACGCAGAAUAUCGCCAUGCCUUACUAAUCGACAAAGACGAUAUCAUGCAAGCAGCACGAUUGUUGCUUCCUGGAGUUGACUGUCCUCCACGGCAAAUCAUUUCAGAAGAAGAGUUACCGUCGAAGAGACUCACUCUAACCAACCAAAGUAUUGCAUCGUCGAAUCACUCCGGCCAAACGCAACCGCUACACGGGUCACUGUCGUCCAAUUCAUCUAGCUCAACUACCAGUAGCAAUAUAGAGGACUCUAGUGAAUGUGGACGUCGUGCAACAUAUGCCCUGGCAUUCCGUUUGAUGUUAACUGGUCGUGCCGAACUUCUAAUUCAAGCCCUGUCCCUAGUUCCUGCAACCACACGCUAUGAUACGUUAAAUCAUCAAGGAGUAACUGCACUUAUGAUUGCAUCAGUUCGCAAUGACGAUGCAGCUAUUCAAACGCUGUUGGAUGCCGGAGCAGAUCCGAACGUUGAGGUACCAUCUGUCGGUUAUCCGAACUGUCCUGCUAUUCACCCGGAGACACAACACUGGACUGCGGUCACCUUCGCUGCAUGUAAAGGCAAUUAUCAAGCUCUUCGAAUACUGUUAGAAAGAGGUGCCCAUGUGGAAGGCGGAGCUAGACUUAGCGAGGACAAGUGUACAUUGACUCCUCUGCAAGUCGCCGGUGGAGGUGGUGUUGUGGAGGCUGUUUCACUGUUACUUGCACAUGGAGCACAUGCCUUUCUAUCAACGCAGCUUAAGGAUUCGCUUUGUUUCUCAGGUAGUGCACAACGUGGUUGCUACAGUGCAAUUUCCGUAGCAGCUGCCCACGGUCAAAGAGUUUCGCUGCGAAAGUUACUAUCACAUCCUCUAGCCCCUGGCAACCGGGAAGUACUCUCGCUUGAAGAGAUGCUCGCUGAAGGGGACAGUACAAGUCGUACCCAACUGGACCGUCAAACAGAAGCCCCACCCACACUGAACAAAACGCAAAUUAAAAGUCUUCAAGAGGCCAUGUAUCAUAGUGCUGAAAAUAAUCAUCUAGAUAUAACCAUCGAACUGCGCGCACUCGGAGUUCCAUGGACACUACACUGUUGGAUGCAUGCGUUGGCAGCUGCCCACGAACUAAGACUUGAUGCUGUCAUUGAUCAGUUGUUGCAAGACUUCCUUCAGGUCUGCCCAGAUGACUACAGCCAACAGUUCGUUACCGAGUGUUUGCCAUUGCUCUUCAACAUUUUCCGUUACAGCAAAAAGGAAGGAACAACACUUCUAUUGGCAGAUAUCUUCAGCACGUGCUUCGGUUGGGAACCAAUCAAACAGAUCAAAGAACCAGUAUUGCAGCCAUCAAAUGGCUCCAGAAUAGAUCCCAAGUUUGUUAAUAAUCCAGAACUAAGCGAUGUGACAUUUAGAGUCGAAAAUCGUAUCUUCUAUGGACACAAGAUCGUUCUGGUGACCGCCUCACCACGACUGCAAAGUAUGCUUAGUUCUAAACUGAAUGAAGGUACCGGUACGCCAACUGUUCAGAUUAACGACAUUCGUUACCAUAUAUUCGAGUUGGUGAUGCAAUUCUUGUAUAGUGGAGGAUGUAACACACUGGAUGUGGCUACUGGAGAUGUGCUCGAGUUGAUGGCUGCGGCCAGCUUUUUCCAACUGGAAGGGCUUCUUCGUUACACCGAAGCGCGUUGUGCUGAGAUGAUCGAUAUCGACAACGUCGUGGCGAUGUACAUACACGCAAAGGUAUACAAUGCUACAAAACUGAUGGAAUAUUGCCAAGGAUUUCUACUACAGAACAUGGUGGCACUGUUAACCUACGACGAUUCUGUUAAACGGUUACUAUUUGCCAAGAAGAUUCCUAAUCACGACGUAUUAAAUGGUUUACUGGCCACAUUACAAACCCGUAUCAAGUCUCGCCGAAACGGGGCCAGUACCUCGGCACCACCCACAGGCAAUGUAUUGAGACCUGUUUCAAGCAAUAAAGUUAAAUAAAUAUGUAAUAAUUGUAUUGAUCAAUGUAUUUUAUAUUUUUUUGUGUAAUAUCUAAAUCAAAAUGAAUGUUAUUAUAAAUGUACAACUUUUACAGUUGAUUAGCCAUUUAGUGGUAUGUUGAACAAUAUUUAUAUAAAAGACAAUUAAUGUGUACAUUUUGUUAAAAAGUAAACGUUGAAGUAUACAUAAGCGAUCGACAGUCACCGCAUGAAGACUUUAUUGAACGAUUUAUAUGCAUUAAACAGUUUUUUGUCUUUGAAAUAUAUCAUAACU